AUGGCCACCCUGGUAGAAUCUGCGGAUAUGGAGACUUUAGGCGGCCAAAGCAACACCGGGGCAUCGCCGACAUCCUCCAGCCCCUCGCAGCACUUCAACGACAGCAAAUUCUACCUGCUGGUGGUUAUCGGAGAGAUCACAACCGAGGACCUCCUGAAGUGUGCCAUUGCGGACAUAGAGAAAGGGAUCCGCUCGUGGGACACCAACCUUAUUGACUGCAACCUGGAUCAGGAACUUAAGCUGUUUGUCUCCAGACACUCAGCUCGUUUCUCUGCAGAUGUCAGAGGACAGAGAAUUCUUCACCAUAAAAGUAAUGUCCUGGAGACGGUGGUGCUCAUCAACCCUUCAGAUGACGCAGUCAGUACUGAGGUUCGACUGAUGAUCUCAGACACUGCCAGACACAAGCUUCUGCUUCUCUCAGGGCAAUGCUCUGAAAACACCGGGGAGCUGAUUCUUCAGUCCGGAUCUUUCUCUUUCUUCAACUUCAUCGACAUAUUCACUGACGAAGAGAUCGGUGAAUUGCUCAGCACCAUUCACCCAGCAAACAAAGCCAACCUUACACUCUCCUGCCCUGAACAAGGCGACUGGAAAAACUCAAACUUGGACAAACACAACCUGCAGGACUUCAUUAACAUGAAACUAAACUCCACUCUCAUACUACCUGAAAUGGAGGGCCUUUCAGAGUUCACAGAGUAUUUAUCUGAAUCAGUAGAGAUCCCAUCUCCUUUUGACAUGUUAGAGCCACCAACCUCGGGUGGAUUCCUCAAACUCUCCAAACCGUGCUGUUACAUUUUCCCUGCUGGUUGUGGUGACUCGGCUCUCUUUGCUGUCAAUGGCUUCAAUAUGCUCAUUAACGGCGGCUCAGACAGAAAGUCAUGCUUCUGGAAGCUGGUGAGACAUCUGGACAGGGUGGACUCCAUCCUCCUGACCCACAUUGGUGACGAUAACCUGCCAGGUAUCAAUAGUAUGCUGCAGAGGAAGGUUGCAGAGCUUGAGGAGGAGCAGUCACAGGGUUCGACAGCUAACAGUGACUGGGUGAAGAACAUGAUUUCUCCAGAUAUUGGUGUUGUGUUCGUGAAUCUUCCUGAAAACAUGGAUAACCCUGAACCUAAUUACAGAGUAAGGAGGAAUGUUGAGGAGGCAGCGUUCACUCAGCAGUUCCUCAGCAAGCUAAAUUUGCGAAUAGAGCCUUUGCAAAGGCCUGUUGGAAACACCAUUGAGCCAAUCAUACUUUUUCAGAAAAUGGGCGUUGGGAAGCUUGAAAUGUAUGUGCUUAAUCCAUCAAAGAACAGCAAGGAGAUGCAGCACUUUAUGAAGCAGUGGACGGGUAGUGAAAAAGAUACCGCAUCCAUUCUACUGCCAAAUGGAAAAGAAUCUGAGUUCCCUGUCUCUUACUUGACUUCAAUCUCUUCUCUCAUUGUUUGGCACCCUGCAAACCCCUCAGAUAAGGUUGUGCGUGUUCUCUUUCCUGGAAAUGCCACCCAGCAUCACAUCUUUGAAGGUUUAGAAAAACUAAAGCACCUGGACUUCCUGAAGCAGCCAGUUGUCACUCAAAAAGCGAUGUCGUCGAGUAUGCCGUCAACACCGACACUAAAGCAAACCAAGAUGAAACACAGGACAGACAGCAAAGAGAGCCUAAAGUCUACCCCUAAGCCUUCGCCUCUGAAAAGCAUCAGGAAGGAUUCAAAGGAGGAAGCACCAGAAAAGGCAAAGACAGAUGCAGAGUCAUCUCAUGAAAAAACACAGAAGACAGAGAAAAAAGAAAAGGUCCCACUGAAAAAGGAAAAGGCAAAAGCAUCUGAGAAAGAAUCAAAAGCAAAGGCAGAGCAAACAGCACAAAAUGAGACUCCAGAGAAAAAGAAGUCUGAAAUAAAAACCAGAACUGAGAAGGAGAAGAUUGUUAAAAAGGACACCAAAGUGUCUGUGGAAAAGAAAAGGGAAGUUAAAAAAGAAGUAGCAAAGAAAGAUGAGAGCCCUAAACAAGAUGGUAAAAAGGAGGAAAAAGUCAAGAAAGAGGAGGUGAAGAAAAUUCUAAAAAGGGAUAUUAGAAGAGACUCACCUAUGAAGGAGAAGAAGGAAGAAAAGAAAGAGCCAAAGAAAGAUGUCAAAAAACCCUCUAAAGACAUAAAAAAGACAUCUACUGUGGGUGAAGAAAAGAGUCUAGCACCGAAACCGAAGCCCCUGAAAAAGGACAAUGCCUCAAAGAAAGACGCAGGAAUCCUGUCAAAGAUAAAAGAGACAGGAAAGCCAAAGGUGUCAAAGAAGGGGGCAAAGGUGGAUGGUGGCGAACUAGUAGCUACUGAAGCUGCUGCUGUAGAGGAUCCAGAAGCAGAAAGAUCUCUGAUGUCCUCACCAGAAGACCUCACUAAAGACUUUGAGGAGCUUAAAGCUGAAGAGUUGAUGGAGGAUGAUGCGACUGUGCAACAAACUAAAGAAGAAGAGGCUGUGAUGAUCCACCGUGAAGAAAUAAUCCAAACCAAAGAGUCACCUGAGGCACUAGAGUCUGUGGAUGAGGGUAUAACCACAACGGAGGCUGAAGGCGAUAGUGGAGAGACUCCAGAUGAACAAGUUCUCAAGGGAAAACUCAAUGGCAGUGUGAUUGAGAAGUUUGAAGAUGAAGGCACUGUAAUGGAGGAGACAUCUGAGGGAGGGGAUUAUGAAGAGAAGGGAGAGACAGAAGAAGUGUAUGAGCCACAGAGAGUGGAACCAGAUAAAGAUAAGAUUUCUCCCAGUGAAGAUGAACACCAAGACAGAAAUGAUGAAGUCAAACCAGGAGAUAGUGUUGAAAACAAUGAUGAUGUGAUGAAUAAAAAUGUAGAAAGUCAGCAGAUAAGUGAGAGAGAAACCGAGAAACACAAUCUGUUUUUAUCAGCCUCACCUAAAGUGUCCUCACCUGUUUCUCCGGGUGCAUCUAUCCAUGAUGAAAUGCUUCCAGUUGGCUUUGAGAGCUCAGUAGCCUCGGAUGACGAGAACAGAGAUGAACCCCCUGAGGAUUACACUGUCACCUCUGGCCACACUCAGUCCACCAUUGAGAUCUCUAGUGUGCCUACUCCCAUGGAUGAGAUGUUGACUCCAAGGGACAUUAUGAGCGAUGAAACCACCAAUGAUGAGACUGAAUCUCCUUCACAGGAUGUUGGCAGGUUUGGGACAUCAGCAUCUGGAGAGUUUGAUAGGAAGAAGCUGUCUCCACUUCAGGAUAUGUCAGGGUUAGAUCAUUCUCAGAGUGAUGCCACUGAAGGCCAAGACUACAACCACUCUGCUUCCACAAUAUCUCCCCCGUCAUCACUGGAAGAGGAUAAAGUCUGUAAGGACUUUCCCUCUGCAGCGAAAGCUGAAGAGUUGACCACAGCUCAAGAGCCAUGUGAGAAGUAUGAGACAGACUCAGCUAAACUCAGUUCAAUUUCCACAACAUCGCCUCUUGUACGUUCUCCUUCAGUGGACCACAAGGAACAAUUUGAUUCUCCACCCAUAUUUGCUGCUCCAAUAGAACUGUCCACCACACUAACAGGGUGUGCCAGAGCAACAGCUGAUUCCUCUAUCAGCCCAGAUGACAAGACAUUGGAAGGAGCUAACUCACCUCAGUCCUCUGGUCACACUCCUUACUACCAGUCACCGGUAGAUGAAAAAGCAGGAGCUCUACCACCUGUGUCAGAAGACAACUCACAGGGUCCAAUAAUUGUGGAGGUCACAAGUGAUAAAGAGGAUUCCUCCAACAGAGUUACCCCAGAGCCUUAUGAGCCAGAACCACAAAGUUCCUCCCCUGUAGAGAGAGUAAUGUCCUCUCCAAAAAGCCCACCUGCAACUGAACCAGAUUCCCCAAUGAAGGCGGAAAGGUCACUCUUCGAUAUAGAUCAUAAGAAAACUGAGGAAAACAACCAUUCAGUCUUGUCUGCAACACCAAUGACCAAACAUGAAUCAGACACUAAUCCUUUCACAGCUUUCAAAGAAGAAAGUAAAAUGUCCAUUUCAGAGGGCACCACAUCAGACAAGUCAGGUACCCCACUGGAGGAAGUGGUAGCAGAAGAUACAUUUUCACAUUUAGCUUCAGCAUCCACCGCUUCUCUGGCCACCAGCUCCUUGCCAGAACCCACCACUGACUCUCCUUCCCUUCAUGCUGAGGUAGGCUCUCCUCACUCAACAGAAGUAGAUGACUCUUUGUCUGUCUCAGUGGUUCAGACCCCAACCACCUUCCAUGAGGCAGAGGGAUCUCCAUCCAAGGAAGACAGCCCGAGGCCCAUGUCAAUCUCCCCAGACAUAUCACCAAAGACAAAGAGCAGAACACAGAUGCAGGACACAAAAUCCCCAGAGCACUCCACCAUGUCAAUAGAGUUUGGUCAGGAGUCCCCUGACCACUCCUUAGCCCUGGACUUUAGUAAGCAAUCCCCAGAGCACCCAUCCCUGGGAAGCAGCUCACGUGCAACGGAGAAUGGCCCAACUGAGGUUGAUUACAGCCCCUCAAAUGGAACAGAUGGAAAACCAUCUGAAGAGCAUAGCUCUACAGUGGAGAAACCUUUUCUUUUUGACGAGAGUGAUUCAGUCCUUGCCACUUCUGCAUCCCCAUCAGAUGCAUCUCAAUCCACGCCCUCUGUUACAACCCCAUGCCAAAUGACAGAGAUGCCACAUGCUGCAACUGAGCAGACAGACAGGUCCCCAGUCACCCCAAAGGCAUCAUCUCUCACCCACUCUCCCCAUUCCGAUGAGCCAUCCCCGGUGCCAGGAGGUCCCCAGGCUAAAGACAGUACCAGUCCAAUUUCACCAUCUGUGGAGAGCAUUUCUAAUAAAUCUGAUACACAGCAGAAGUACGACAAGUCACCCUCACCUCCUAAAGCUUCUUCUCCAUCAUCACCUUUCACCUUUUCAAAAGAAGACACCUUUUCCCCGGCAAAGGAGACUAAUCCCUUUAAAUGUGAGGAUUUUACACCUGAGGCAAAAUCCCCUGUGAGCCCCAAAGUUCCCAUUCCAUCAUAUCUACCUACCUCCUGUAAUUACAAUUCUGCAUGUGGCUCAAGGGACCCAGACUCUACUAAGAAGAGCCCCUCUGCUCCAUCUAAGACCGAUGUUGACCUCUGCCUAGUCACUUCAUGUGAGUACCGUCACCCCAAGACAGAACUAUCCCCAUCUUUCAUUAACCCUAGUCCUCUAGAAUACUUCAUCAGUGAAGAGAAUGCCUUGAAUGAGGAGAAGCCCCUGGCCAAGUUAGGAGGUGGACCCCCACCCCCAGGAGGUAAGCUUUCUGCCAAGCAAUGUGAGGAGACCCCGCCCACAUCCAUUAGUGAAUCUGCCCCCUCCCAGACAGAUUCAGAUGUUCCACCAGGGACAGAGGAGUGCCCCUCCAUUACAGCAGAUGCUAACAUUGACUCUGAAGACGACUCUGAGACUCUGCCUACUGACAGAACCCUGACCUACAGGCAUGCAGAUCCUCCUCCGGUGGCACUCAGGGACUCUGCUCCAUCUUCAGGCCACCAUGACGUCUGCAUGGUGGAUCCAGAGGCCCUCAAGGCUGAAGAAAACCUCCACAAUGCUAAUACAGAUGUAGGAGAAAAAACUAAGAAGAAAAAGCUCUUGAAAAAGUCUUCCUCACCAGCCAGGAAGACUGGUCUGUCAAAGCUGAAGGACUCAAAGACUUCCUCUCCAAAGAAGACUGUCGGAGAAGGGAAAGAUGCCAAAAAUGCAACCAAUACCUCUGCAUCCAGAGGUGUGAAAAGUGCUACAUCAGGUGAUCAAAAGGCAUCAGGUGGGGCACCUCUGCCCAAUUGCCCUCCCAUGUACAUGGAUUUGGUUUACAUCCCCAAUCACUGCAGUGCCAAGAAUGUGGAUGCUGAGUUCUUUAAGCGGGUGCGCUCCUUUUACUAUGUGGUCAGUGGCAAUGAUCAGACAGCUCAGGAGCCCAGCAGGGCUGUCCUUGAUGCUCUGCUGGAAGGAAAGGCUCAGUGGGGCAACAAUUUGCAGGUCACUCUGAUUCCAACCCAUGACACUGAUGUGAUGAGGGAGUGGUACCAGGAGACUCACGACAAGCAGCAGGAGCUCAACAUCAUGGUCCUGGCCAGCAGCAGCACUGUUGUCAUGCAGGAUGAGUCCUUCCCGGCUUGUAAGAUUGAGAUGUAG